ACUCUGGAACUCUCCAGAUUUCCUCACUCCCUACUCCCUAUUUCUUUCUCUCUCUCUCUCUCAUCUUCCUCUCGAAUCCCAAUUCCCAAUCUAACCCCCUAAACCCCCAGCUCUCAAUUAGAUCAAUGGCAAAGUACGGCGAGGGCGACAAGCGGUGGAUCGUGGAGGACCGACCCGACGGAGCCAACGUCCACAACUGGCACUGGGCCGAGACCGACUGCCUCGCCUGGUCACGUGACCUCCUCACCAAGCUCCUCUCCAACCUCACCAUCCUCGACGGCGAGGGCAACCUCUUCCUCAAGACCAAGAAAGUCGAGAAAGUCGACGGCGACGCCUACGUCAACAUCCGCAAGGGCAAGAUCAUCCCCGGCUACGAAAUCAGCGUCAGUCUCUCCUGGGAGGGCGAGGCCAGAGACGCCGACGGCACGUCGCUGCUCAAGGUCGACGGCGCCGUCGAGAUUCCGUACAUAGCGGAUGAGAACGCCGACGAGGAUCCGGAGGUGAAGGUCACGGUGAAGGACGAGGGGCCGAUUGGGCGGAGGAUUAAGGAGGCGAUGGUGGCGAAAGGGAAGCCGGUGAUUCUGGAGAAGGUUAGGGUUUAUGUGACGAGUAUGGCGCAGGGUGGGCCGGCGAAGGAUGAGGCCGAGGCUAAGAAGAUUGCUCCGAAGAGUAACUCGACGAGUUCUGCGGCGAAGAAGGAGGAGGUUGUGGUGGUGGUGGAGAUGGAGAAGGAGGUGAAGAAGAAGGAGAGCAAGAAGAAGGGGUUUAAGACGAUAAGUAUGACUGAGAAGUUCAGCUGCAGGGCGAGUAAUCUGUAUGAGAUUUUGAUGGAUGAGAAUAGGUGGAAGGGGUUUACGCAGAGCAAUGCCAAGAUAAGCAAGGAGGUUGGAGGGGAGUUUAGCAUUUUCGACGGGUCGGUGACUGGUAGGAACUUGGAGUUGCAGAAUGGGAAGUUGAUUGUGCAGAAUUGGAGAUUUGGGAACUGGCCUGAUGGGAUUCAGUCCAAGGUGACACUUACAUUUGAGGAGCCUGAGCCUGGUCUGACUGUUGUCAAGCUAACUCAUGUGGAUGUUCCUGAGGAGGACAGAUAUGGGAAUGCCACUGUGGUAGAGAAUACUGAGAGAGGAUGGCGGGAUCUUAUCUUCCAGAGGAUUAGGGCAGUCUUUGGUUUUGGAAUUUAAGAAUCUUGUGUAGGUUCUUCUUUUUAAUUUUAGAAUUUGGGUGCCUUGGAAGCAUGAAUUCAGUGUUGAAUUUAGAAUUCACUGUGUCUAAUGCUGGUCCUGUCAUUGAUGAGCUAGGGUCAGUGUUACUGGAUUGUCAUUUAAAUGAAUUGUCAAUUUGUCAUUCCUCUCACAUUUUCAAUAACUAAAAGUCAUCCUGGGUUUCUUAACAG